AUGAAGCGCGGGGGGCUCGACGUGGGGGCUGCACCGAGCCACUGGCUGCGUUCCAUCUUUACCCGUGCUUCCAUAUGUUGGCCUUGUCAGCGCGUCCUGCUGAUCCGUGCUCACCUGCUCUCUCUCGUGCUGGCUCAGCUUGGCUCCGCUUAUCCAGCCGCCUCCUUCAUCUUUGUCUCAUCACGCCCUCCUCCUCCUCUGCCCUCCAAACUCUCCCAAGAGAUCAACAGAGUGCGUAAGGACAUGUACAGUGACUCGGUGAACGGCCUGGUGGAGAGACACCCCCUGGAGCUGCCCGAGGCCGCGGGGCCCAUCGUCCACCUGCAGGAGAAGCUGUUUGUGCCCGUCAAAGAGUACCCAGACUACAACUUUGUGGGGAGAAUCCUGGGCCCGCGAGGACUCACCGCCAAACAGUUGGAAGCUGAGACGGGGUGUAAAAUCAUGGUGCGAGGCAAGAGCUCCAUGAGGGACAAGAAGAAGGAGGAGCAGAACCGAGGCAAGCCCAACUGGGAGCACCUAAACGAGGACCUGCACGUGCUCAUCAGCGUGGAGGACACCCAGGGCAGGGCCGAGAUCAAGAUGAGGAGAGCCGUGGAGGAGGUCAAGAAGCUGCUGGUGCCCGCGGUGAGUCCCACACACGCCGGCGGCUCUGCUCCGACCUGUGGACCCGGAGUCACAGAGGUCUGGGUCCAGGCUGCAGCUCGUUGUAGUCCACAGUAUGGGCCCUCACCGCUGACCGUGCUUCCGCUCCCGGUUUUGGCAUCAGGUGUGUCGGUGGCGUACGGUGACCAGGUGGCCCGGCAGCUGAGGCACACGUCGGACACUCGAGGCUCGACGGUCCGCCUGGCCGCGCACACUCGGAUUAAAAAUAUUAUCACAUCUCUUCCUUCCCCUUUUCGACCCGCCGAGCUCUCCCCUGCCCCACGGCACAUGAACCCUGCCCGUCUGUCUGAACCCUGCCCCGGGGCGACUGCGGCGGAGAGAUGA